UGAUUAUUUAGUGGAUUGAGUUUAUAGGGGGUUAAAUAUUUCGUUCAAUGGCUGAAUACAGCAGUUUAUAUUUUUGAACUGGAUGCUGGUGAUACCGUACGGCGGAAAUGUCUAAUUGUCCCCAAAUAGCGGCACGGGAUGACCCCGACAUUACGCUUUCAUCAUACGACACGGGGCCGGGAGCCAUAGUAGUAGUUUCAUGCUCGGGUUUCGGACGACACGUGGAUGGGCCCACUAGGCUGGUCUGCAACGGUGGCCAAUGGUCAGACACUCCUAGCACUACAUGUAAAAGUCAGUUGGACGACAAGGAGUCCUUAUAUCUUGGGAUUGGCCUGGGGAGUGCAGCCCUGGUAAUUGUGUGUAUAUUCUGGGUCUGUGUGGCCUACUUCUACUGCAAACAUAAAUGGAGAAGGAGGUAUAACAGUAGCUUUGACAGCGAAUACCGAGAGGACAAAAUACGGCAACCAAUGCAUGAUUUCUUCCCGACAUCACAUCCCUGGGGACCGCCACCUGGCUACGACAGUUUUCCGUACAGAAGUAGACGGGGCUACCGUUUCCACGACAACCGGCGAUACGGUUAUUACGGCAACAACGGAAUUGAUUUCCAUAGCAACCGCGGUUACCAUGACAAUGAAGGUUUCAAACGCGGAAGUUAUUCUGAUGUCUCAAGAAUUUCUAUCCGAAAACAUCGACACGAUUGGGAUAAUGAAGAUUACUUUGGUGACAAGAAGUUUAGGAAAGGAAGCUUCUCAGAUCGUUCAAAUGAUUCAUUCAGACGUCGUUACCAUGGACACAGAAGACAUUUUGAUGGCGAAAAUAACUAUCGAAGGACUCGGCGGUUUUCGGACGGGGAUUUAGGUUAUCACCAAAGAACACGCUUUUCGGGUGGAAACAGGCUUUUGGAUGACGGCAGGCAUUCAUUUGACCGGAAUUAUAGUCGACAUAGACGCAGAUAUUCAGACCCGCUGUACUACGGCCCGUACGGCCCACCCGUAGACAAGUACUAUGUCUCCGAGCCCAGAAUCCCGUACCGCACGCGCCCGACAGUGAAGGUUUACGAAUAUGAGGUGGAAGCUCCGCCAUACAGAGAGGAAAAGAUCAUCGAAUAUGUCCACGAGCCGGUUCGUAGGACCCCACCCCCGACUGUGACGUAUGUAAAACCGCGACCAAUCGAAAUCGUCGAGGAAAGGCCAAUCAUCAUAGAAUCUUCCCCGCGAUAUGAACAGAUCAUCAUCAAGGACGACAGGCCAAGGCUAGACAACGCUAGAUACGUAAGCGAUCGCAGAUCGGGGUUCGAAUCGGUUAUUUUAGAUGAUGACCCAGUCCACGUUAAAUAUGACGUCAGAGCUGGGCGGAGGACAUACACUGACGUACUUCCGGCUGCAAAAAUUGUCGAAUUAGACGACAGAGAGGAGUUAAUGGUCCCAAGGGAGGUCCCGAUCAAAUCCGGGCACUAUGAGGCCACGACUGUAGAUGGAUCAACUAGUAACUAUUUCUUCGGGAGGCAGGAUUUCCAUAGAUCCUCAAGAAAUGGUGAAAGCGCACUCCGCAGAUCCGCAUAUAAUGGAAACGGCGACGUGAGAAAUGGGGAUAGCGCUUUUCGUAGAUCUACUUAUACUAGAAACUCCGACCAAAAUUUGCGCAGGUCAACUUAUGGUGGAAAUGAUCUAAGAGGGACCAAUCUAAGAGGGACCCAAAAUGAGCUUGAUCACGUGCUCUACCAUGGAAAGGGGAAAGUGACCGAAAUUUACGAAGAUCCAUCGGAGUACGCAUUGCCUAAAGCAAGGAUCCUCUAGAUAUUUGGAUGAUUCAUUCAUAAAAUCAAAUUUAAUCCUUAAUCACAAAGCUGCUACUUUAAAAAUGCGAUGUAGUUGUUACUGGGCGCUGUAACUUUAAAAUUGCGAUGUAACUGUAAUAGGACGUUGUUACUUUAAAAUGCGAUUAAGCUGUUACAGGGUGCAUUUACUUUCAAAAAUGCGAUGUAGCUGUUACAGGGCGUUAAAAGAAGUUGUAUACGAAAUUAGGAGGAAGCUGAUAACGUGUAAUAUUAAAAACUAUCUGGGAAAUAUCGCUAUAGUUGUAAAGGAGCGCUAUGAGAAUAUAUCUAUAAAACUCGAUGUAGCAGUUACAAGGCGCUGUUACAAAGUAUCUAUGAAAUUACACUGUAUUUGUUACAAGGCGCUGUUACAAAGUUUCUAUGAAAGUACACUUAGUUGUUACAGGGCGCUUUUACAAAUUAUCUAUGGAAUUACACUGUUGUUGUUACAGGGCGCUUUUACAAAUUAUCUAUGGAAUUACACUGUAGUUGUUACAGGGCGCUGUUACAAAGUUUCUAUGAAAGUACACUUAGUUGUUACAGGGCGCUUUUACAAAUUAUCUAUGGAAUUACACUGUAGUUGUUACAGGGCGCUGUUACAAAAGAACUUUUAAAUUACACUGUAUUUUUUAGAAGUGUGUUUUUUUUCUACAACUUCUUUCUACGACUGAAACACUCCCCAUCUAUUU